AUGCGUGUCAAGUGGUUCCACGUCACUGCGCGCUUCGUGGCGCCCCCCCCUUGCCGGACGACAGAGGGGGGGCUUAUAACCCACUAUACUCUUCAGUAUACGAGAAGGGAUGCGGACCCUUUAGUUCCGGUUCAAGAUGCACAUUUACGGGUGCAGGGUGAAGAAACGACAGUGUCUCGUCUUACGCCUUAUGCCGAAUAUGACAUAAGGGUGCGCGCACACAAUGCUGCAGGUGACGGUCCUCUAUCCCCACCACAAGUUUGCAGGACUGAUGAAGAUGUGCCAAGUGCUCCGAGUGGCAUCAAGCUGAUUGCUCUGAGCGAGCGGUCUCUUCGUGCGUCUUGGCUUCCACCAGUUGAGCCGAACGGACGCUUGACUCACUAUUCCCUCUAUGUAAAGGAUCUCUCUGGGUCCCAAGAAGCGAAUGUAACACGAGUAAACUCGUGUACGGAAAGCGAAGGGACAACGGUCGAAUGUAUGAAGACCCUGAGAGGUCUCCGGUCCGGACGGACGUACGAAGCUUGGGUGCGAGCCGCUACCGGCGCGGGAGAAGGCCCAACGUCCACUGUUGUAGCCUGUCAGACAACUGCGUUAGCUCCUGCCCGAAUAUCGUCAUUUGGCGGAGCAGCAGUCGGAUCAGCAGGUAGCUCCUUGUCUCUUCGAUGUGUGGUGGGCGGAGUUCCACCACCUUCUAAGCGUUGGCUCCGAGCAGGGAGCCCAUUACACAUUCGAUCACCUUUUCACUUGGAUGGUGACGCGUUGAUGAUAAGAAGUCUGGAGCUUUUACACGCGGAUAACUAUACAUGUGUAGCUGAAAACCCACAUGGUUCGGAUUCUGUUACUUGGCGCGUGUUUGUGUUGAGACCUCCAACGCCUCCAGGGCUAGCGCUUAUUGAAGCUAGGUCCAGGGAACUGGAGCUGGAACUCAGGGCAGCACCAAGAGUACCAGGACAUGCUUUACCUAAGGCGUAUACUUUACACUGGAGAUUAGCGGCGCCUGAGGGUGAAUGGCGAAUUCAAUCAGCAAGUCCCGGGCCUGUUAUACUCUCUGGUCUUCGGUGCGGUUCAGCAUACAGAGCAUAUGGUUCGGCCGGUGGACCUCCCGGUACUGAAAUAUCUAUUAGGACAUCUGGUGGGCCACCAGUAGCCCCACCAGAUACGAGGUGGAUAAGAUCUAACGCCACUCAUGCGAGGUUCGAUACGAGCAUGUGGUCCGAUGGUGGGUGUGGUCCUGUUGCUUUGAAACUGGAAUGGGCUGGAUCUGGGGUUGCUGGUGCAAGGGAUGUCCCGGUUGGUGGUGAAGUAAUUUUAGGUGGCCUAACCCCUGGUUCGAGGUACCGCGUCGCAGCUCGAGCAUCAAACGAGGCCGGGUGGACGCGAGAAGUAUACGAAUUCACCACAAGUCCAGCUGAGGGUGGCUAUGCGGAAGAAGUAGAUGCCCCUUUUCCAGCCACUGCCGGAGAGUUAGCGUUACUUCUGGCUUUGUGUGCUGCUUUAUCUGUAGCAGCUCUUACGAUACUCGCCAUACUCUUACGACGAAAGAGAACGGAUGGUGCAAUGCCUCGGGUGACAACGAGCGACAAGGCUGCUUGCGGCACCUACCGACCUCCCCACUCUACGCCAAAGUUACCGCCAGAUCCACCAGAUGUCUAUGAAAUCAGUCCAUAUGCGACAUUUGCUGGCGGUGAAGGUAUUGGACCUGGAUCCAGAGCGUAUACAUUACAAUUGCGUGCGCUUGCCAGACAUGACGACGAGGCAGCGCCGCCGGCGCACCAACACAGCACUGAUGAAGAAACGUGUCUCGACGCUUAUGAAGCACAACGACGACGUCGGCGCAGGCGCCAUUAUUGCCCUGAUCAUGGUUGUUCACAAGACUCGGGGAGUUGA